GCUGGGUAGAGAAAAGGUGAAGACUUCUUUCUUCUGAAAUGAAAAAUUUCAAGGAAAAAUCUUCCCGUUUGGUCAAAAUUAUCUGCCAUGUGUGCAAAGGAUUUGAAACAGAGUCAUCAUCCCAGGAGGAAGUUGUCAUGUUGUGAUGCAGCUCUGUGAGUGGACCUGUCUUUGAUGGCUGUGGUGUCUUAUCUCCCGUGAGUUAGCAUCAGAUGAAGCUUGCUGACAGCAUAAUGGCAGGGAAAACCUCCGACGGCUCCAUCAAAUGGCAGCUCUGCUACGACAUCUCGGCCAGAACUUGGUGGAUGGAUGAAUUUCAUCCCUUCAUCGAAGCACUUCUGCCUCACGUCCGAGCGUUUGCGUACACGUGGUUCAACCUGCAAGCCCGAAAAAGAAAAUACUUCAAAAAACAUGAAAAACGCAUGUCAAAAGAGGAAGAGAGAGCCGUGAAGGACGAACUGCUAAGUGAAAAACCCGAGGUAAAGCAAAAAUGGGCAUCCAGACUUCUGGCAAAGCUCCGGAAAGAUAUCAGGCCUGAAUUUCGGGAGGAUUUUGUUCUCACAGUCACAGGAAAAAAGCCUCCGUGUUGCGUUCUUUCCAAUCCAGACCAGAAGGGCAAGAUGAGAAGAAUUGACUGCCUUCGCCAGGCAGAUAAGGUCUGGAGGUUGGACCUUGUUAUGGUGAUUUUAUUUAAAGGUAUUCCGCUCGAAAGUACUGAUGGCGAGCGCCUUGUAAAGUCCCCACAGUGCUCUAACCCCGGGCUGUGCGUACAGCCCCACCAUAUAGGAGUUUCUGUUAAGGAACUCGAUUUAUAUUUGGCAUACUUUGUGCACGCAGCAGAUUCAAGUCAAUCUGAAAGUCCCAGCCAGCCAAGUGAAGCUGAUAUUAAGGACCAGCCAGAAAAUGGACAUUUGGGCUUCCAGGACAGUUUUGUCACAUCAGGUGUUUUCAGUGUGACUGAGCUAGUAAGAGUCUCACAAACACCGAUAGCUGCAGGAACCGGCCCUAAUUUCUCCCUCUCAGAUUUGGAAAGUUCUUCAUACUACAGCAUGAGCCCAGGAGCAAUGAGGAGGUCUUUACCUAGCACAUCCUCUACCAGCUCUACAAAACGUCUCAAGUCUGUGGAGGAUGAGAUGGACAGUCCUGGUGAGGAGCCGUUCUAUACUAGCCAAGGGCGGUCUCCAGGCAGCGGCAGCCAGUCAAGCGGAUGGCAUGAAGUGGAGCCAGGAAGAGGAAACUCACUGGUCAAACCCUUGGACACCAGAAUAGUUGCAUGCAGUUUCCCAGGGAGCCAGAUAGCUCUAAAGCUUCCCAGAUAUCUAAGAAACCCCGAACACCGCGGAGCACUACAUGGAAUGCCAUCGCCAACUACAUUAAAGAAGUCAGAGAAGUCUGGUUUCAGCAGUCCCUCGCCUUCGCAGACCUCCUCCCUUGGAACGGCUUUCACACAGCACCAUCGACCUGUCAUUACAGGACCCAGAGCAAGUCCACAUGCAACACCAUCGACUCUUCAUUUUCCAACAUCACCCAUUAUUCAACAGCCUGGGCCAUACUUCUCACACCCAGCAAUCCGCUAUCAUCCUCAGGAGACUCUGAAAGAGUUUGUCCAACUUGUCUGCCCCGACGCUGGUCAGCAGGCUGGACAGGUGGGGUUCCUAAAUCCCAAUGGUAGCAGCCAAGGCAAGGUGCACAAUCCAUUCCUUCCUACCCCAAUGUUGCCACCACCACCUCCGCCACCAAUGGCUAGGCCUGUGCCUCUGCCAGUGCCAGACACAAAACCUCCAACUACAUCAACAGAAGGAGGGGCCACCUCUCCCACUUCUCCAACCUACUCGACACCCAGCACCUCCCCCGCAAACCGAUUCGUCAGUGUUGGACCACGGGAUCCAAGCUUUGUAAAUAUCCCUCAACAGACUCAGUCCUGGUACCUGGGAUAAAAGUCUCCGCUUCCCACCACCCACCGGACAGACCACCAGACCCCUUCCCACCUCUGUAACAUGGAAGCAGCAGCAACGCAGCGCAGCGACUUCACAUCGGCGGAAGGGGAGGCGAGCAGACACCGACAGCAAACUAGUACAUGGAAAUGGCAAACGUUAUGGUUGAAUGGCAAAGGCCGUAACUUUCUCGAGAUUUUAUUUUAUUUUUCUUUUUUUUUUUUUAGACAACUUUAGGACUGUUGUAAUUUCUCAUAUGGUGCUGGAAAUGGUUGGGCUUCAUAACUUUUGAAGUGUUUCAUUGGUAGUGUAAGCGUUAGGUGACACUGAGUAGAACUAGCCUCUGCUGCUGCUUACCAACUCGCUGUUGUAACACACUUUCCAUAUGGAGCCUAACUGUUUUACAGUAUCCUCAUCGGAUUUUCCCAUACAGGUGUGAGACUUCUUGAGAAAUCAUGAAACACACUUAAACUAUAACUUUUGUAGUAGCUGAAUUCUGCAAUAUAUAACUUACCGGACAGACAUAGAGCAUGUUUUUCUGUAACAUAUCGGGAAAAAAAAAAUGCAGGUUUUUUUUUUGUUGUUGUUGUUGUUGUUGGGGUUUUUUUUUCUUUUUUUUUUUUUUUACAGUCGGCACUUAGAAACGUAACAUGAACCAUAAGAGCAUUGUCAACAAUUUUUUUCCACUCGAUUGCAGAGCGAUUUAAAACAUCGAACUACUACUAUUCACUAAAAAAAAAAAAAAGAAAAAAAAGAAAAAAGUUUGAAAUGCUGCACUUACAUUUAAAAAGAAAACAUUUUUCAACAAUUUUCAACAAUUACACAAAAAUUCACGCAGAAAUGGGGAAGUUGGUCUGUUUUGACAGAAACUGACAGGAAUCAAUCAAAACAAUCGAAUUUUGAAUUGAGUAAAGUGCAAUUUCAUUGGAUAGCUAAAUAUCUUUGUAAGAUAGAGAUUGUUGAAAAUUCUAUUUUUGUUUUCCAAGUCCUUCCACCCCAGGACUCUAAAUUAUUGGGGUAAAAAACAGCCUUGCAAGAAAAAGGGGAGCUAUUUUUGCUUUUUAUGUUUUUUAUUGUUGAACUUGUAUCCCUUUAAAACUGAAGGAAAAUUAAAAAAAAAAAAAACAAAUCUAAUGGUGCUUUUACCACAAUAUGUUAACUACAUUAAAUGCUAAUUAAUCAUUUUCUGUUAUCAAAGCACAUAACUAAAAUGAAAUCAUAAUAUCUGUUAAUUUUAUAAGCUAAAAGUCACUAUAAUGGAUUAUGCCAAUUCUGACAAAUUUUACGUGUUUCCGGCAAUAUAGGGUUUAUCAGUUCUCAAACACCUUGGGAAUAAGAGAAAACGGUCCAGAAAGUAAAACACCUUUGUGUCCCUGAACUGGUACAUUUUCUGGACUGCAAAGAAAACAAUACAGAAACGAAUGAUGCUGAUCUUACAACUUAUGCCAGUUCAAAGCAAGGGCACUUGCUGAAGAAGAAAAAAAACAGACAAAUAAAAAAAUCUAAAAAAAAAAAAAAAAAAAAAAAAAAAAAAAAAGAAGUUUGGACCCCAAACGUCCUGUAUCUUAUGUACAAAAAAAAGGAAAAAAAAAGAAAAAAAAAAGAGUGCAAGUGAUUUUUUCUAUCAGACAGCGGAGCACCCCUUUGCUUCACAUGCAACUUUAAGAAGGUUUCCUAUACUAUACAUAUAUAUACGUUCUGGUUGGCGAGUCCAGCUAAUCAGAGAAAGUCUCUGCAUGUUCUAGUGUUAGUAACUAAUUUUUAUAUAGUUAAUGUAGGGUAAAGUAGAGUGCAUUAAGACACAAUAUUGUAAUCCCUAUUCCAGGCACUUGCCUUUAAACUAUGUUUGUUCAACCCUUCAGAAGGGUUUCUACUACUGUCCUAUACAAUCAAGUAACUGAAAUUCUUGGGAAGACACUUUGCUCCUCAUCUUUUCCCUGAAACAAUGUUUUGUUUUGUUUUCUUAAUUUGCACGAAACAAAAAAAAAAAAAAUUCCAUAUCAAUGUGCCUUGCCCUGGAUAGCGAUUAUUUGUGGAAUUGUUGCACAUGUUCCUAUAUUGAAAGGGGUUUUUCCCUAGUCAAGCAUUUGGAGACACUUUUUGUAAAUGUGACUUUUAUGUCAGCCAUUGUCAGUUCCAACAUCUAGAAUUAAAUAGGAUGUUAGUUGUUCCGCAGAUAGGAGUAGUGUUUAUUGUCCUGUAUGGUCAGUGGCAGUGCUAUUCUGAGAUCUGUAGAUGCUAGAUUAUCAGUAUUUUUGGAUGUUGCUGCAUUUUACCUUUUAUUUGGAGUCUUCCUUUUUUGUUUUGUUUUCUCCCAGAUAUAUGAAAAUAUGCAAUACCUGCUUAUAUCAUGUAGAAAAGCUUAGCAAUUAUUAAUUUUUCUUUUAAUUUUUUUUUAUUUGACCAAAGUUGGUGCUGCACUUGACGCAGUGUGUUUUAGGUGUUUGUCUUUGUACUUUUGUGAUUUUUGAAUGCACAUGCAGGAAGGGCUCUUCUUAGAGAAGCAGUCAAACUGUGAAGCACUAAGCUGAACCCUGCUUCAAGCAAUUUUUGUUUUACAACUGUUCCUUUCACAAGCAAGCCUUAAAAAAAAAAACUUCCUUUUUCUUCAGAUCCCACACCCAUUUUUAUUAGCAGACUGCAAUCAAUCCACAUUCAAUAAAAGUAUAUAAUGCCCAUUUUUAUAUGCACGUUUUUAAACUUCCAAGUUCUGAAAAUUGUUUACUGGUUAUUCUCUAUUUAAGGAAAAAAUAAAAUGUUUUGGAUUUUCAUAUGUGUCUGAUAAGUGGUUGAGUAGUCAUUUUGCUCUAUUGUAUUGUGUGAUUGUUAGUAUAUGGUAUCACAUCCUCUAGCCAGCAUCCUUUGCCUUCCCUAUAGCACUUAGCUGGGCAUUACUUUAUUAAGACAUAUGUGCACUAAAAAAAAAAAAAUAGCAGCUUUCAGUGCUUCACAGUGAAGGGAAAAAAGCCUAGACAAACAUUUUGUCAGAACCUUGCUAUGAGACAAGGUAUUACCAGUAAAUUGGUUGUAUAUACAAUAAAAUUGCACCCUUUUUUAAACAAAACAAACUAAGCAAUAGUUUGGGCAGUUAGUUGUUUUUAGUGAGCAUGUUGUAGUCAUGGCUGCAAAGAGAGAGAAUUAAACUGCCCACUCAGAAGAUAUGUAAUUUGUAUGUUGUAUAGUUUUAUUGAUUACACUGAUUUAUUCUACCCUAUUUUAUAAUGCAGGACUUUUGUAAUGUUGUUUAAAUGAGGAAAAAUUUCUGUCAAAUUAGCUUAGUGGAAUUUCUGAUUGUUCGUUAUAAAGGCAGCGUUCAUAGAAUUGCUUUUUUUUUUUUUUCCUUUGGGAACUGGAUUUAAGUUAAAAACUUUCCUGUUUCCUUUUUUUGUAUGUAUUUAAAUACAGUUAUUUUUCUUCUCUCAAUGGUAUAGCAUAUUCCUAUGCUUGAGAAGUAUAGGCUACUGAAGAACCAUUGUAAAUGGACAUUACAGGUAUGCUGUAUUUUUGAAGGUAUUUUUGUCAUAUUAAGUUUGAUGACGCUAAAGUUAGGGAACUCUGAGCAGAAUUGCGAGGAAAAAAAUGUUUUAAAGGCUUUAAAACAUUAGGUAGGAGGUCAAGGGUGUUAACCAACAGGGGUUGUAAAGUAUUACACACUAAAUUCAGUUUGCGUUCACCUUCCUCUCACGCAGGAAACGCGGCAGUUCCGUUCUGUGCAGGUGUAGAGAACAAACAGUGUUUUAGUCCUCCGAGGAGUGGGGAGGCAAGCAGGGAUGGGGCAGGAGGGAUGGAGCAUUCAUCCACCAUCCAUCCAUCCAUCCCUCCAUCCCGUGGGGGUGCGAGAGGGAGCGGGGCCGGCGGCUGGAGCCCCCUGAAGGGUCACAGCUCCGCUCCCGCUCCGGCCGCUCUUUUUGAGUCACAAGAACAACUUUUUUCCUCCCCGUCUCCUCUCCAGAACCGUCAGACGCACAAAUACUCUGACCUGUACCCCCCCCCCGCCCAUCCAAAUUUAAAGCCCUAGGGAUGGCUUAGCGCGAAUUGACUUUUACUCAAGUUAAUUCCUUUGUUUUUCCCUCUUUUUUUUUUUUGUUUUUGAGCAAGGGCACUUGCUUUUCUCAUGCCGCACACCCCAGCAAUGCCAUUAUUAUUUAUUCUUCUUCCUUUAUAAUAAAAACUUUCGGGCUUCAAGUUUAGGCAGCCAUGGUACACUUUGUCUCUGUUGCUUGUUCCCCCUCCCCUUAAGGUCGAAGGGGAAAAGAAACACCAAGUUUUCUCAACUCCACAGUAUUCAGUCAGCCCACAGGAAUAUGCAAAAUCCCUCUAACAUUUUUUUUUUCUUUUUCUAGUUCUCUUUGUUCCGUAUAUUUGCAGCUUUGUAGUAACAGUGUUAUAAAAUAUUUACUGUACAAAAAUACAAAAAAACCCAGAUACAUAGCCUAAAACAGUUUUUUUUUCCUUGUGGUGAAUUAUUUUUUUUUUUAAGAAUGUCAGUUAAUAUUGUACUUUGCAUUGUGUCUCUGGAAAUAUCUUUUUUUUUCUUUUUUUUUACUGGUAGAAGGCCUCCAUCGAACAAAAUUAAAACCAUAACCGGCAUGACAAUGUAAGGAGAGCUUCAAUGGCACCUAAACAAUAAAUAAAUAACAAAAUCAACCUCAUGAGGUCUGUCGGAGGCAGGUCUUGUGAAGUUAACACUGCCUGCUAGGCAGGAUUUUCAUUAAAUCAAGCUUAAAAUGCCAAUUUUGUCUUGAAGUCAAUGCAUGUAUUACUGUUUGACAGUAAACCCAGCUAUGCCAUCAUCAAGUCCAAGGCUGCGCAAUAGUCUAAUUAGUAUCGAGUACAUUUUCCUUUUAUUUUUUCCAAUAAAAAAGCAGUGGGAUGAAAAUUGCUUUGAUAUAUAGCAGGUAACAUUGAAGCUAUUCCAUAGCACUUAACUGUAGUGAAUACUGUGUCACCAAUUCUGAAAUCAAUUUAAUGUUUAAUGCAAAUCCAUUACAUGGUGCUAUUACAGGCUGGCAAAAUGAUUUACAAAAAUGUGACAACUUGGGCUCAAUUCACUCUGCUUUCCAACAAUGUAAAUGCAUAGCAGUGUUUAUCUGCAUGAAAACUAUGCACUAAUCUAUCUGAAAAAAAAAAAAAGAAAAGAAUAUAUCAACUUUGGUAUCUACUUUCCGUUUACUUCGAUCCUUGCCUUUUCGGUCAUUGUUAUAAUGCCAGCUUUAGGACAGAAAGAAUUAUAAGAAAACCAGCAUAAUACCUGAUAUAUUAAAAUGUAGUGCCUGUGAAAUCUGUAUUAUAUUGCUCUUCUGAAGUAAGAUUUUUCUACACCGGUAGCCUUCGCUGUCUGUCAGAACCUUCUGAUAUAGGUGAUGUAAAAUAACCGUACAAUAUUAAUGCAUGCUAUUCCAUAAUGCUUAGUAGCUGUAUGAAUAUUACUCAAAGUUAUGUUAGUCUUUUUUUCUGACUUGGUUCUUGUCAGAUAGGUUUAAAGAUAUUUCACUGAGAACGCAAAUUCUGUCUUUAUUGAUUUGGGGUGUUUUCAGUAUUUUGGAGGUAUACAUUUACUUAAAUUCAGUAUUACUUGUGUUUUGGGUUUUUUUUCUUUUUUUUCUUUUUUUUUCCUUUUCUUUUUUUUUUUUUUUUUCCCUAGAGGGCAGGACAUGGUGUUUGAGACCAGAAAUCCGUGCCUGGUAAGAUUUUCGUCUCGAAAAGCUACCCUAAGAAUUCAGAGAGCUUGCUCUGAAGAACAGUUCAAAUUGAAAGGACAGUCCUUUAAACCCACAAAUGAGACCGAGCUCAUGUUGCGAGAGAUUUCUUAAUGGGCAGCGGUGAACCAGGUACCCAUGCUUGACCCUUCUUCACACCAGACUUCCUCAUAUAGAAAGAAAAAAACCCUUUAAAAAAAAAAAAAAAGAAAAAAAGAAAAAAAAAACCUCAUGUGGUUGUUUAGUUUCAUGCACAGUUGCAAUAUUUUUCUUCAAACUCUGUACAAACUUUGGGCCCGAUUCAUAAAAGUUCCUUUGCUAUUAACACGGGGAGGCUGGUGGGUUUUUCUCCUCCAAAUUGAGGACAGGUUUCACCUUGGCACGUAUGCCAGAUGGCUCUCCUCUCCCUCACGUUCCCCUCUCCGCCUCCCCAAACCCCAUGGAGACCAGGAAUGGAUGGGAAGGGGUUGUGGAGGCGGUGAGGCAGCACAGGACCAUGCUCCGAACGCCAGAGGUGCAGCUGGCAGGAGGAAAGGGGACAUGGGAGAGGACGGCUCCGUGCCGCGCUCCGGCUGGUGCUGGGGGCUCGGGAUACGGCAGUACGAGGAGACUUGAUUACAAAAGAGAUCUUGUCCCGUACCAGAACAAAAUACGCUCGAUCGCUACCUCUGAGCUCUAGAGAAACCCUCCAUCGAGGCGAGCGCUAGUCCACAAUGUGAACUUUUGUACUUUGUACGCCUUUUUUUAGGGAAGACUAUUUUCCACUUAGUUAAUCUUCUAUGCUCGAGCAUGAACAAAAACAAUUGUGUUGGGUGAAAUCCCCCUCCCCUUUUAUCUGCAUCCACAAAUUAAUAUGAGGGGGAAAAAACAAAAGAAGAUGAGUUUCUAGACGGAGCAUGGUAGGGAGAGAGUGCCGACGAUUCUUGUCCUUGUUGCCGGCGUCCCUGCUGCCUUGGGGAAAGGGCCACGAAAUCCUUUUGAAAUACAAUCAAGGAGAAAUCUCCAUUUUGGCUGUCUGUGCGGGUUCUCCGCUCAGUUGAGCUCUGCCCUAGCCCUGCCCUGCUGCCUGGGAUCAGCCCAGCCCAGUCCCUCAGCGGCGGUUUGAGAUUUGGGGCGCUAAAAUUUCCACCGGCCGUGUGAAAGAUCUGCUGCAAAUUCACUUGACACCCGUGUUAAUACCAUGUCGUGUUCAUUUUUUUUAUGAGUCAGGCCCCUCGUGCCUCUAGUAUACUUGUAUUGACUCUCAUAGUUACCAUUUUAGUUUUACUGUGUUCUGUGAAAAAAAUUGUAAUUGGUUGAGAAUCACUGUGGGCAUCCAUUCUUAUUCAACUAAGUCUCCGCAGGUUUUUUGAGCUGGUGUGGAUUAGUUUAACUCUUGUAUUCAACCAUUAGUGCUACCACCUUCUCACAUUACAAUACAAUUACUGGAAGCAAGUACUGCAUUUCCUAUGCAACAAAAAAGGAAAAUAAAAAAUUGCUAAUGCUAA